AUAGUUCACCAGCUACUAACUGAUACAUUCAUCAGGCUCAGUUGAGUAGGCACGUGUUUUGCAGACCGCGCUGCGUUGGCUUAUUAUCGCGUGGAGCGCGCUGCGGACCGGCCUUGCGGUAGCUCUGUCCAACCGUGCCCCGUUUAUCGGACACCGGAGCGGCGGCGGCGCGCGGUCGCCAGGCCACCAGUCCACCGCAGCCGGCCGGCCGCCACGAGCGCCGCAGUCGCUGUCUGUGAGUGGUCGCGCGACGGUCGCCCCCUGUGGCUCGGUGAGCGGCGCUCGUGCAGCGGGUGUGUCGGCGGGCGGAGUUUGAGGGACGGCCCUUCCGCUGUUACGGAGUCCGUGGCGGCACGGAGGUUUAUCGUGAACGGCAGAGCGAGGCCAUGUUGAACACCGCCUGGGAGGUGGUCUCCAGCCUUUGGGGACCGAACGCCGGGUCAGUAUGGCGGGCCAUCUUCCUGGGCCAGCUGCUGUCCGUACUAAACAUGUGCACCGGAGUCACCAGUCAGCUCCUCACCGAAGAGUACAAUGUCAGCAUACCCACAGCCCAGACGUUCGCCAACUACGUUCUGCUCUGCCUGCUGUUUACCACCUGGCUGGCGCUGCGCUCCGGCGACGAGGGUAUCGCGGUGGUGCUGCGCCGGCGCGGCUGGAAGUACGUCAUCCUGGCUGCGUUCGACGUGGAGGCCAACUACCUGGUGGUGAAGGCCUACAACUACACUACCCUCACCAGCAUCACGCUGCUGGACUGUUUCGCCAUCCCCACGGUGCUGGCCAUGUCGUGGAUCUUCCUGAAGGUGCGGUACAAGCUGCUACACAUCAUCGGCGUCAGCAUCUGCCUGGUGGGCGUCGGCUGUCUGGUGUGGGCCGACAUUGAGGAAGGCCGCGGCUCGGUCGGAGGCCAGGACCGGCUGGUGGGUGACAUGCUCUGCCUGGGCGGCGCCACACUGUACGGCAUCUCCAACGUCGGACAGGAGUUUGUCGUCAAAAACUUCAACAUUGUCGAGUUCCUCGGCAUGAUGGGACUGUUCGGCAGCGUCAUCAACGGCGUACAACUGGCGGUGCUGGAGCGAGACGAGGUGAUGGGCGUGGACUGGAGCGACUGGCGCGUGGCCGCCCUGCUGGCCGGCUUCUCGCUGGCCCAGUUCACAUUCUACGUGAUGAUGCCGGUGGUGGUGCGGGUGACCAGCGCCACCAGCGUCAACCUGUCGCUGCUCACCUCAGACUUCUUCUCGCUCAUCGCCGGCAUAUUGCUCUUCCAUUUCAAGUUCCACGUACUGUACUUCCUGUCGUUCUUCCUAGUCAUUUGUGGCAUCGUGGUAUACUCGUCCAAGCCGACUCCGAUCCCCACUCGGGGAGACCGGCCGUACAGGGAGAUGUCUCAGGGCUCCGCGAGCGCUGACGUGGAGCUAAACACGCCCAACACAUCUGUCAACGAGCUGCCGCGCUCAGUCUCCGACGUCUCCAGCGUCCCAUCCUACGGGACGCUGGUGCGCGACAUGCACAGUCUGCCGCGCUCUCGCAGCAUCCCGGACCGGCCGUACAACACGCUGGGCCGACCGUCGCGCCGCGAGGCGGCCGCCGACCGGCCGUACCGCACGCUGGAGCGCUCGCACGGCGGCGCGCGCGUCCACUGGGCCGCCGAGUACUCGCCCAACUUCCCGAUGGAGUCUACCACCGAGGACCGCACGCUGGAGCAGUUCACCACGUUCAGCGCGCACCCGCACCCGGUGCCCCAGUACCGGCCCGAGGGCAUCCUCAAGACGUCCAAGUCGCUGGAGACGCAGCUGCGCCGGCCGCCGCGCCAGUCGCUACACGUCAACCCGGCCGGCAGCCCGUCCCCCGGCGGCGACUCGUCCCCCGGGCUGGAGGACGUCCAGUGCUGAGGGAGACUGAAGCACCCCGGCCAGUGCUGAAGGACCGGAGCACCUGUCUGCCCAGUGUCGAGGGACCGCAGCGCGACGUCAGCGCCCCUGGCGGCCACUGACGGCGUCACCGACAACGCUCCUACAGGGUAGCAGAGCUUAGUGGACAUGUCAUUUCUUUCUGUCGUGUUUAUCGUGUGGACAAACAUUGCUGGGGUUGGGCCGCAUUCCUUUCGUACCUGAUUUGUUUGAUUGUGUGGCAGGCAUUUGAUGUGGUGUUUACUGUUUACAGUUUAUAGGCAAUGACGUAUGGUGAUUAUUUGGAGGGGGAUUAUAAUAUCGCAGUGAUAUCCACUGGUCGGGACAGGCUGUUUAUUGUGUAACACGGGUUCUUCGUAUAUCUAGCGCACAUGUGCUCAAUGAUUUUCAUCUUUAUUUAUACUCAGGGUGUAUUGGCCCCUUCUUUGAGGCUCCUUUCAUUGAAAGAUCUCGCCGCUUUUCCAGUUACCCCCCCCCCCCCCUUUGCGAUCCACCUCUCGCCGUGUGAAAUGUUUCGCGCCGGGGGCUCCGUGUGUGUCGGGUCCCGGUCCGCCGGGGCCUGGGCCGCUCCCGGGGCGCCACGGUGCUGCUCACUGCCGCCGCCGCGCGGAACCUCCUGUACUCGCGGGGGACGGGCGGCGGCUAGCGUGUCGGGACUGAGAGGGUAGUGUGUGACGUGUAGGCGGGCAGCGUCGUCGCCCGGUAGUGAGUGGAUGCAGAGUAGUCAGCACAGGAGAGCUCGCACGUGCCAUAAUUGUAGCAGCACCCGCGCGCGGCGGAGCGUCUGCCGCUGACCGUGUCGUGGUCAGUCCUAAUGCUCGCGCACUACACGCGUUAUCAAGGGAACAACGAGGCGGCGUUUAUUCACGGGCCGCUGCGGUCCGUACCCGCGCCGCCCUCUCUCCCUGUACAUAGUAGCGGGCGCCGGCCGGCCGGCCGCCCCCUCAUCCUAGUCGCCGUUGCGUUGUAGCCGGCUGGGCGGCACUGUAGUGGGCUCCGGCGACAAUCGGCGCUCUGUCGGCACCGGCGCGCGCCGCCGUCAGCGCGCGUCAGACGUGUUCCGAGCGCAGCCCGUUCCAUGUAGUGUCAUUUCAUCCCGGCCGCCGCACUACCGGCGGCCGGACUCUCAUCCCGUUUUUUUAAGAGCUUUAAUAAAGGUGUCCUCGAUC